AUGGAUCUUGUACUUAAGAGUCCUAAUUUUAUGAGAGAAAUUGAAUUGAUCAGAUUCUAUGCUCAUAAAACCAACAGCUCUUUCAGCGAAAAAAAAUUACAGAAAAGAAAAUGCUUGUCACGGAUGCAGAUGUACUCGCUCCUUACAUUCGCAAUUGUGUUCAACUUGGUCAAUAGCGCUUCUGUGGCUACCAGGGAAAACAUUUCCAAGAGAAUAGAGCAACUAUCUGACGCAUCGGAUUUUGCCAGCUUGGACCUUACUAAAAGAGAAGAAGAGUUGAUUCAGAUUUUGAAAGAAGCUAAUGGAGAAGGUGAAGUAACGCCGGAUGUGAGAGAACUUGGUGGAAAAAUAAUUAAAGGAACACUUUGGUGUGGAAAGAAUAAUACUGCUGCAUCAAAAGAUGAUUUAGGAUUGUUUAAGGAGGUUGACAAAUGCUGCAGAACACAUGAUCAAUGUCCAAGGUACGUUGCUAAAGGAAAAAAAGGGUACGGCAUAUUUAACGAUGGAAAGUAUAUGGCAACCGAUUGCAAGUGUGAUGAUAAGUUUAAAUCUUGUUUAUUACCAAUUUCGAGGUGGCAGAAGAACGGGUUAUUUGCGAAGCUGCAGAUGAUAGUUGCAAACACUGUUGGAGCAAUGUUCUUCACUGCUCCUAAAAGAAAAUGCUUGCAUUUUGGUUCUGAUGUUGCAAAAAAAGCCGUUCUUAAAAGUUUAAAAAAGUUUCCUGGAACGGAAGUAACCGAUUGGAUUGAGUAGUACAAAAACAGAUUGAGUAGUAGAGACGAAGUAAAUCGUAAAGCUUGUAAACGCCUUAAUUUUGAUUUAGAAUGGAAUAAAUUUUUAAGAGCUUUAACUUUGGCUUCUCACUUGUGUAACGUUGAAUCAAAAUGCGUGAAAAAUAGAUUAUAAAAUUUUAUAUAUAGUUAUACAAUUAAAUAUUUAUUUGUUGUGUUGUUUUAAUAAUAACCAGGAAGUCUUUGCCCUAUGGAGUCCAAAAAGUUUCAGAUCCACCCCGCUCCACCUCUGCAGAUUUGUUUCAACAGAGUGACUAAAGUGACAGUAACUUCCUUAACAGGUAAUCUCUCUAAGUUUA